AUGCAGAGCUUCUUCCUUCCCGCCGAUAUCGACACAGACCGGCUUUUAUGGCAAUUGCACGUGGAAGAGAAACCCAAUGGGGCAAGCGACCCUUGGUCCGAUCGACACUCAGACGCCUGCCUCACGGCAGGUGGUACGGGCAGACGUCGAAGUCGACUGAGGAACAUCCUCGAGAUUAGAGCUCCCUUCCGAGUCUACUCUGGUCCGUCGUCGUUAUGCUGCUCGAGGCCCGACUCUACAUCUCGCUCGGUCACAAUCAUGCCGUUGUCAGGCGGACGGACAUGCACUCGGACGCAUCGGCAUGACAUGCACGACGCCUUUUCGGUGUGUGAAUCGUCUGGCUCCGUAACGCCGUCCGAAUGUCCGUCCGACCGACGACACGACAGACCAUCGGCGUCCUCUUCGCCCCUCGCCUUCAGCUGCGCCGGACACCGGCCAGGUUGGCCAAGCCGCCCGACGUCGACUUGCUGGACCGUGGCCGGUCUGGAACCGGGCCUCAGCAUCACCGAGAGCCCCGGCUUCCCGAUGCGACGGAUUGGCGACCCGAUGCGGCCAGCUCUACAGCCCAGCCCUUGGCCGGUUCGUGUGGAGCGGACGACCGGCAGAGUCGACUUCUCUUCUGGACGGGAAGCUGGCGCCAAAACUGCAAAGAGCACAGGUGACCAAUAG